AUGGAAUCUACGCAGCUUCAACAGCAAGAAGCUCAGCAAGAAGCUCAGCAAGAAGCUCAGCAAGAGCAGCGUCUUGCCAGCCCUUCGCCUCAACCCUCGCUGUCUCCAGUCGAGGAAGAGACUGUGGCUGGACUUGCACGCAUGAAUAAGCGAAUUCGCGAGAAUCCAAUCAUCUCCGACGACCCUCCUAACGAGGAGCGUGGUGUGAAACGGCGGCAGACUUUGGAGUCUCGUGAUGGUGCUGAAGCAGCUGCCGAGGCUGUUGCUGAAGUGGCAGUUGAAGCAACCGUUGAAGACGAGCCUUCCGGGGCAACUCUUGAUGAGGCUUCUUCGGAGUCUAGUGGGGAGAUCGAAGGCUUGACCAAUGAGGAGACUACUCGGGCCAUCAUGGCUGCGGCCAAAGAAGCCAGCUCUCGCGAAUUGGCCCGUCGAAGGCGAGUGCUGGCCGCCUAUAUUGAACAAACAAACACUCGAGAAACAAGCUAUGAUGGUGCAAGCACUUGGAACAGUAGUCUUCGAGAACCAAGUGUCCGAGGAGCCAGCAACGGCAAUCCAAGCACCCGCCAAACCAGUCUUCAGCCAGAAGCGGCCAACGGAGAGACGGAUAGCCAAGAUGACACGGAAUUUGAUCCUUCUUGGAGGACUGGUCUUAGCAGAGGCUCUCCGGAUCGUCCUCUGUACUUGUACCCCGUCUCUGAAGCCGAUAGCGAAUGCUAUGCGCUGCCCAAGUCCAUGUGGCCCAUUGAGCACAAGACUGAUCCAUUCCGAGAUCCCUCAUGGGAACAUGAAUUCCAGCGGUUUGGAACAUUUUUGCACGAGCAUCCUCUGGGUCUUCGCCAGGAAAGCGAGGCUUUCUGUAAAAAGCUGCUUGAAGAUGAACAACCGCUCCCUGAAAAGUCCUUGUUCGACGACGAUAUCAUCCACGCAACGUGCGCGAUGAUCCAACAUCGAAAUGAGACCAUGGUGUUCCGCGACAUCACUCCUCUGAUUGCGCCGUCAGCUGAACUUCUUGCUUUGCGCGGCGAAACCCACAAGGAUCUGAUGUACGAAUCUACAAACGAAAUAUGGGCUCACUCUCAGCCGAUUCUUCGCGUCCAACCGCAGCCUACAUACGCAGUUGGGUUCCGGGGUCAAGCCAUUACAACGGAACGUUAUCAGAAGCUUUACACACUCUUCGAGGACCGGUGUACGGACAACUCAUCUCCUGUCGCGAGCACACCCUUCAUGUUCUUCCCUUUUUUUACGUGUGAGAUCGGGUCGCUCUCCAUGGCUCAGCGCCAGAACACACACAGCAUGACCAUUGGCAUGCAUGGAGUCGUCGAGCUCUUCCGCGGCGUUCAGCGUGAAGCAGAACUGGAUCGUCAGGUCUUGGCCUUUUCCAUUGCGCACAGCCAUCGCGAAGUGCAGAUUGUUGCCCAUUACCCGGUCAUACUCGGGGAGUACACAAGCUACUUCCAAAAGGUUCUCCAUUCGUUUGACUUUGCUGAUCCUGCUUGUGGCGACAAGUGGGCUGCGUAUCGCUUUACCAGAAACAUCUACGACCACUGGAUGCCGACGCAAUACAGGCGGAUCUGCUCUGCCAUUGAUGAUCUACCUCACCCUGUCACCGACGAGAUGUGA